AUGGUUGAAGUGGUUAUAGGUUGUGCGGGUAAUCUUAUAGCUAGAAUAGGAGAAAAGCUUAUUUCCGAGACUCAACGUCACCUGGGAUAUGUGUUGUCGCAUAAAAAAUACAUCAAUGGCCUAAAGCAACAAUUAGAUAUGUUAAAGAUCAAAUGGGAAGGAAUAACACUAGAUGUUGAAGAAGCCAAAAGAAACGGUGAUAUUGUUGCACCUGAAGUUGAGCAAUGGUAUGACGACGUGGAGAUUAUAUGGGAAGACUCUACAAGAUUUCUUGAAAAAGAAGUUCAAAAAACUAAGAGCACUCUAAAUGGUUGGUUUCCAAAUAUCAAAGGACGUUACAUAUUAAGCAAGAAGGCGAAGAGUAAGACUGUGAAGCUUGCCUCGUUAAAUGCUGUAGCAUUUCGUAGGAUAGCCCACCCUGCACCUCCACUAGCAGUAGGAGACAGAUCCAUUGGAGAGUUUAGAAACUUCGAAUCUAGAAUGCCAACGAUAAAUCUGCUGAUGAAGUUGUUAAAAGAUGACACUAGACAAAUUAUCAGCAUAUGUGGUAUGGGAGGAUCUGGAAAGACGACAAUGGUGAAGGAAGUUGCCAGGCGUGUAAAAGGGGAGAAAUUGUUUGAUGAGAUCAUAAUGGCGGUGGUGUCCAAAGAACCUGAUUUGAUGAGAGUUCAAGAAGAACUGGCAAAAUGGUUGGGAUUAAAAUUUAAGGCAGCAACUUUAGAUGGAAGGGCGGAUGAACUAUGGAAACGCCUACUCCAAAGCAAGAAAGGGAAUCUUGUCAUACUCGAUGAUGUGUGGAAACGUAUUGAUUUAGAGCGUAUUGGGAUUCCUUUUGGAAAAGGGUUCAAUUGCAAAGUAGUAUUGACUUCACGCAGCAUAGAUGCAUGCAAAAUGAUGGGAUGUGGUAAUGAUGAUAUUCUAGGACUUGACGUAUUAACACCAUCAGAAACAUGGACUCUUUUGGGAGAGAUGGUUGGUGAGUCGUUAAAGGAUCCCGAUCUGCUUGAUACUGCCUCUGAGAUUGCAAAGAAGUGUGGCGGCUUACCAAUUGCAAUAGUAUGCCUUGGGAGGUCAUUGAAGGACAAAAAGAAAGAAGUUUGGAACGAUACACUUCAAAAACUGCAGAAGAAUAUUGUACCGGAAAAUAUUGAAGGUGUCAGGGAAGACGUGUAUAAGUCUCUGCAAGCAAGUUACGAUCUUCUGGAGGAUGAGGAAGCCCAGAAAAUCUUUCUUUUAUGUUGCAUGUAUCCAGAAUAUGCAAAUGUCCCGCUAGAAGCAUUGGUACGAUCUGGGACUGGCUUGGAUUUCUUUAGAGGCGUCGACAUUUUAUCACAAGUAAGAGAUAGGGUACAUUCACUUACUGAUAAACUUAAAAGCCGUUUCCUAUUGUUAAGUGGUGACCGUAAGUCUACAGUAAAAAUACACAGUGUUGUACGAGCUGUAGGAAUAUCAGUGGCAUCUACAUCUAAGCUAAAUGCAAGAGGAUUUAAGGCAAUGGUUAUACAUGAGGAUAGAUGGCCAAGGGGUACGGCGUUUUCAGAUUGCAACGCUGUUUCAGUUGUAUCAAAUGAGAUAUCCGAGCUUCCUACGCGUAGAUCAAGUUUUCUAAACCUUUAUUUUCUGCAACUUUCAUGCCCUAAACUCUCUUUAGAGAAAUUAAAUACUAUGUUUGACAGGAUGCAGAGUGUAAAAGUUGUUGAAUUGUGGAAUAUGUCUAUAUCACCAUUGGCAUCACUCUUCGUAUCCUUGCCACGAGACAUUUUUGUUUUGUGUAUGGACUGCACAAUGGAAACUAUUGGUGAUAUUAGGCCUGAGGAGUUUACGAAUCUUGAAAUACUAAGCUUAGGAAAUUGUGACAUUAGAGAGUUGCCUAGGCAGAUAGGAAAAUUUGCUAAUUUGAGGCUGCUAGACUUGAGUCGAUGUCACUCGCUUGAAAGGAUCUCCCCGGGUGUCAUCUCAAGUUUGUGCCUACUAGAAGAAUUAGACACCGGAUCAAAGUGGUGGGGAGAAGAGGAAGAAGGGGAUGCAAGCCUUGCAGAAUUAGAGUCCUUGACGUAUUUGAUCUAUUUAGGGAUCCGCAUUAAAUCAUCAAGUUGUCUUCCUAAAUACUCUCUCUUUGGAAGACUCCAAAGAUAUGUAAUAUCUGUAGGAAUUGAUCUCAAAAAAUCUCGCUCUUUUAAUAACAAAAUGCUUUUACUGAAGCUCGAGAAUACAGAUUCACAUUUAGGUGGUGGCAUCGACAAGUUGUUGCAGAGGAACACUGAGAAGGUGUUCCUGAGUGGAGAUGGUAUCAAAACCGCUCUGAACGAUCUAGUUCCAAGUGGUUUUCAGCAAGUGAAGUAUUUAACUGUUGAAUGCUGUAACAAUGAAGGGACAGAGUAUCUUUAUGAUUACAGGUACGCAUCAAACGGCAAUGCUGUUUUCAGUAAUCUAGAAAAACUACAUAUGGAAAAAAUGUGGCAUUUAAAGGGAAUCUUAAGUCACAAUAUAAAAAAUGUGGCAUCAAACGGUCUUCCUGUUAAAUCAUUCUCAAGGUUGCGCAAGAUCCAUCUGUCAGUUUUACCCGAAAUGACCCAUUUGUUCAGUCAGUCAGUAGCAACAAAUUUGGUGCACCUCGAAAGCCUUCAUAUAGAAUAUUGUACAAGUAUGCAAGAAGUCAUUCUAAAUCCAAGGCCUUCAGCAUUAUCAAGUACCACUGAAAAUAAGAUCGUUUUCCCAAAGUUGCUCGAGUUAAUCAUCAACGAUGUUGUAAGCCUCAUAUGUUUCUCCCAGGGGAUCAACCUGCAACUUGAGUUUCCUCAACUAAGAGUAUUAAAGCUUGAAUAUAUACAAAAUUUCCUUACCUUUUGUCCUGAGGAGAUCUUUCAUAACGGCACCAAGUUACAACCUCUAAUUGACCACAAGGUUGAAUUUUCAAGCUUGGCUGAAUUGACAAUCACUAACGUUGGCAAUAUUAAAGAAGUGUGGUGUGGUCACCUACCGAAUCUAGUACAUCUACAAGGACUUUAUAUUCAAUUCUGUCAUAUGAUGGAAGAAGUGAUUUUCAUUCAACGACCCUCAGUAACUACGAAAGAAGAAAAGAUAGUGUUCCUCAAGUUAAAAGAAGUAAUCCUUUUUGGAUUAAACAGGCUCACCUAUUUCUGCCGAGGGAUUGAUCAUGUUGAGUUUCCCCAACUGAGAAUUCUACGACUUCGUUGGCUAACACAUUUCAGAACUUUCUGUCGAGAAGAGAAUGCUGGUCGUCACCCAUCAUAUGUAUUUAAUGAUAAGGUCUCAUUUCCUAGUCUGGAGACGCUUGAAGUGUCUGAACUGGACAGUGUAGAGGAGUUAUGGUCUAGCCAGCUUCCAACGAGCCAGUUUGGAAAACUAAAAUAUCUCAGAGUCGAGAAAUGUCACAAACUGGUGAACAUUUUUCCAUCAGAUUUGGAAACACUAUUUCCGAAUCUGGAAAAGUUAGAAGUGGAGAAGUGCGAUUCACUUGAACAGGUGUGGGGUUCAAAAGGGAUACAAAUACGAAACCUAAAAAGUAUAAUCGUAUACGACUGUCCAAGUUUGAUGAAUUUAUGCUCUUUGUACACAUUCAAAGGUCUUUCAAAUCUACAGAUUAUAGAUAUAUCCAACUGCAAAUUGAUGGUGAACGUAGUUGCAGACGAGAACAAAGAUGGAAUAACAAUUGAACCUCUUUCUGUCAACAAACUCGAACAAUUGAAUCUUGCAUUUCUGCCAAAUCUUAAUUGCUUUUCUGAAACGAAAUGUGACAUUGAACUAACAGAACUAACACAUGUGAUUGUCAAAAGUUGUCCAGAAAUGAUCACUUUCUCUGAAAGUUCAGUUAUUACUCCAAAGCUUCAGUUUGCAGUGGUUGAAGGCGUAAAGAUGACCGGUGACCUAAAUAGCACCAUUCGUGCUGCACAUGCUUUCUAGAUUCGAAUAUUAGAUUUCUGUACGCUAAAAUACAGAAAAACGAUGAACUUCAACUGGAACAAAACGAGAGCAACAUGGUAUAAAUGUUCUAUAUGAUAUCUGAAUUUCAAUAAACGCUUCCUUCGUUAUAUUCACUCAACUAGAAGCUUCAAAAGGAUUGUUGAUUUUACUUAUAUGUGUGACCUAUUAUGUUAUCAUGUAACUUAACAAUAUAUACUACAGAUUAUGUCCUGUUGAUCUUCGGCAGAA